AUGAAAACUGGUGUUGCUUCACAAAAGCAGCUAUCAGCAUCUGCUGUAGAUUUUCCUCAGAUUAAUGAGAGUUACACUGGCAGAAGACUGUUGGAAAAGAAACUUGAUACCCAAGGACCAAUUAACUUCAAUUUCUAUACUAGUUCCACCGGUCUUCUAGAUGAACAAGCAUUUGUCUAUGGAACCAUAUUUCUUGACAACAUUACGAAGGUCCAAGGCAUCAUCAAGUUUGAUUUGCAUGCGGAACCAGAGGUUGGGAAAUCAAAGCUUCAAGUUGGAGGAAACAUUCCAGGCAUCUUUAAGUUGGGAGCUGGAAGAUUUGGUUUAGAGGCGAUAUUUGUUCCUCGUAAGCCUGGUCUUACUUCAGAAGAGAAUGAUGUCUACUUGAUAUUCUUCAGACAUGAUGAGAACACCGGGUAA